AUGUCGUCGGCCAGACAGCCCCCCCAUCGCCGCCGCUCCCUGUCCGCCUCCUCUCCCAUCCGUGGCCCCUUCCGACCCGACGACCCGAAAUGGCGGUUCGCGGCCAAGCGACCACGCCCCAGCCAUCCCCACAGCCCACCCUGCAGGGACAUCCCCGGCUCCGACGACCCUCCCGAAAAAUGGGACGUAGACCAGUGGCGAAGGGGCAAGCGCGCUCGCAGGGACUCCACCUCACGAGCCGGUACCGCCCAGCAGCGUCGUCCGCGCCCGUCCAGCUCCCUCUUCCCCGACGAGCACAUCCCCUCUCUUCCUCCCAUGACUGUCUUCCCAAGCACAUCGGCCGCCUUCAACCUCUUUCCCGAACACAACCAUCGAAGGUCCCGCCCCAUCUCCCAUCCCGAUCCAGCAUACAUCCAUGACGACGAGCUCCUUCCCUCCGCCCAGCUCGACCGCAUGCGCUCCGACGCCUUUGGCGAGCUGCAGCGUUGCGUCGCAGAGAACGGUGAAGGCCUUGUUCAGCGCAUGCGCGCUUGGGAGAACUCUUGCUCAACGUCGUCCGCAAGCUCACCCCGCCUGCUUACCCACGACCUCCAGCCUGCGCGUCUCCGGCCGUCGCGCCACGCCGGCGGCGGCGCAGAGGCGGGCACUGCCGCGAACGAUGACGACGACGUCGAGAUCGUCUCGGGCGACUCCUCCGGAUUGCCUUCCUUCCACUUUCGGAGUCCUUCCCACAAGAAGCGCGCCCUUUCUCUCGGCAUGAUGGACGUCGACCUCCCCCAGAUCGCCGUUCACCCGUCUCCUGUCGACCCCUCCGCCGCUCUCUCCGCAUAUUCCGACGACGAUGACGACUUCUCCAUCCUGGGCUCGUCCAGCUCCUCCCCUCCUACCCUCGCCCACACAUACCCCAACUCAUCCAACUCGUCCGCCAUCUCUCUUCCUCUGUCCCACAGCAGCACAUCGCCCUACAUGUUGUCUCGCUCAUUCACCUUCACAAGCGAGCACCGGGUGCACGUUCCGUCGACAGCAUCCCGGUCGGAGAAGGCUCUCGCUGCCCUCACCCUUGCCAUGGCAAAUGGUGCUGGGGGAGUGAACGACUACGCUGCACUCCAAUUCGCACAAGGCCAAAACUCGGUCAUAGACGAAUGCCAAGUGGGCGAGCUCUGGCAUUGA